GGGGUAGCUCGUGUGUGCUGCGGCACAGGAAAGGUGCCCGACAGCAGCGACCUGACAGAUUUCACCUCCUCAAACUCAUUUACAACAAGGAGCUCGUUGGACAAUUUUCCUGCAGAUUGUUUGGAUAUUUGAGCUGAAGUUAGCGAGCAUUUAGCAAAAAAAUGUCCCCCUUCCUGAGGAUUGGGUUCUCCAACUUUGAGAUCGAUCCUGGUUUGGCUUAUUAUGAAGAGGUGCUGAACCCUUACUGCGCUGUGUACAUGAAGGAGGCCAUUGACACAGAGAAGGGUCAAGUGUACAAGCAGAAGAAGCCCACCAUGUACCCUCCGUGGAGCACCACGUUCGACGCCCACGUCCAUCGCGGGCGCAUCAUGCACGUGAUGGUGAAAGACCGAACAGCAGAGCUCAAAUCAGAGGCCACAGUCGCUUUAGACUCGCUAGCAACGCGCUGCAAAAAGGAGAACGGCAAACUGGAGAUUUGGUUGGAGAUGAAGCCACAGGGUCGCCUGUUGAUGGAAGCUAGAUACUAUUUGGAGAAAAGUGAUGCUGGAGGUCAGACUGAUGCCGACCUGGAGACUGAGCGGGUGAGAGACGGUCUGUUCACGCUGCAUCAGCGACGCGGCGCCAUCAAACAGGCCAAAGUUCACGUUGUCAAGUGUCAUGAGUUCAGCGCCACGUUCUUCCCUCAACCAACGUUCUGCUCCGUCUGCAAAGAGUUCGUCUGGGGGCUCAACAAGCAGGGUUACCAGUGCAGACAGUGCAAUGCUGCUAUCCACAAAAAGUGCAUUGAUAAAGUCAUCGCCAAAUGCACAGGGUCGGCCAUAAACAGCAAAGAAACCAUGAUCAACAAGGAGCGCUUCAAGAUCGACAUGCCCCACAGGUUCAAAGUGUACAACUACAAGAGUCCCACCUUCUGUCAGCACUGUGGGACGCUGCUGUGGGGGCUCGCCAGGCAGGGGCUCAAAUGUGAGGAAUGCAGCAUGAACGUCCACCACAAAUGUGAGAAGAAAGUGGCCAACCUGUGUGGGGUCAACCAGAAACUGAUGGCUGAAGCUCUGGCCGUCAUUGAGAGCCAACAGCAGGCCAAAAGUACGAAGGAGUCGGACAUUAUCGGGCGGGAAGGACCAGUCGGCAUUGGCCAGCCGGGGGUGGUCCGAGCUCCGUCUGGGUUAGUAACGGAUCCACCCGUCCCAUCGGCACCUGCGGGCAAAGAUUUGUCGGGGGUUUUGUGGGAGGGGCCAACAGACGACGGCGGACCAAACUCUUACAACGCUGCAAAAGAACCUCUUUACGCCGUUCCAAAGAAGGACCAUCAGUCCAAAUUCAACGUUGAGGAUUUUACUCUGCACACCAUGCUCGGGAAAGGCAGCUUUGGAAAGGUGUUUCUGGCCGAACUGAGGAAGAGCGGGCAGUUUUUUGCAGUGAAGGCUCUGAAGAAAGACGUGGUGCUGAUGGACGAUGAUGUGGAGUGCACCAUGGUGGAGAGGAGGGUUCUGUCUUUAGCCUGGGAACAUCCGUUCCUCACACACCUUUACUGCACUUUCCAGACCAAGGAGAACCUGUUCUUUGUGAUGGAGUAUCUGAACGGAGGUGACCUCAUGUUCCACAUCCAGACCUGCCACAAGUUUGACCUGCACAGAGCCACAUUUUAUGCAGCCGAGAUCAUCUGUGGGCUCCAGUUUUUGCAUUCUAAAGGAAUAAUUUACAGAGACCUGAAGCUGGAUAAUGUGCUGCUGGAUUCUGACGGCCAUAUAAAGAUCGCUGACUUCGGGAUGUGCAAAGAGAACAUGGAGGAAGACUCACGGACCGCCACCUUUUGUGGAACCCCUGACUACAUCGCCCCUGAGAUCCUGCUGUGUCAGAAGUACAACAGCUCGGUGGACUGGUGGUCGUUCGGUGUGCUGCUCUACGAGAUGCUGAUUGGUCAGUCUCCGUUCCAUGGUCACGAUGAAGAGGAGCUCUUUCAGUCCAUACGAACAGACAACCCUGUCUACCCCAGCUGGCUCACCAAAGCUGCCAAAGACAUACUAGUUAAGCUGUUUGUCAGAGAGCCCGAGGAGCGGCUCGGCGUGAAGGGAAACAUCAGGCAGCACGUUUUCUUCAACAGCUUGGACUGGAGCGCUCUGGAGCAGCGGCAGGUGACGCCACCAUUCAAACCCACUUUAACGUCGCCGAGCGACUGCAGCAACUUUGACAAGGAGUUCAUCAACGAGAAGCCGCGGCUGUCGUGCGCCGACCGCACGCUCAUCAACAGCGUCGACCAGACGAUGUUCAGGAACUUCUCCUUCGUUAACCCCGGCAUGGCUCGCGUGGCGGCGCACUGACCAAGAAUACCUGCGAACAACCAGCACUAACUGUUUCUGAGCCAAACUCAGGCUGUGACCGUCGGCAGAACUCGUUCACCUCCACCAACAUGUUGAGGAAAAACACCACGACUGGGUUGUCCUGGCUGUAAAUCGCAAAAUAGUCUCAAAUACGUGUAAAAUAAUGAUGAUCAUUAAUUUA